AUGUUGCACCUACAGGGAAAUAUCCAGGUCUACUGUCGUGUUCGCCCGAUGACGAUUACGGAGCUGCAGAAGGGUCAUAAGUCAACUGUGGAAUCACUAAGCGAAACCGAAGUUGGAUGUUACGAUGGUCGUACGAAUAAAUGGAAGAGCUUUGCUUUUGAUCGAGUCUGGGGACCCGAUCAAUCACAACAAAGUGUUUUUCAAGAUGUGGAACCCCUUGCACUCAGUGUUGUUGAUGGUUUUAACGCUUGCAUCUUUGCGUACGGGCAAACUGGUAGCGGAAAGACCUUCACGAUGGAAGGAACAGAAGAAAAUAGUCAAUACGGUAUCAGCUACCGCACCAUUCAGAAGAUAUUUCAUCUUUUACAGCUUCGCGCGCAACAGCAAAGAGCGGCAGAAAUGUUCCUUGGUAUGCUAGAGAUAUACAACGACGAAGUUUACGAUCUAUUGGGUACCCAAGGAGCUUCUAUGAAGGAAAAGCAAGAGGGAGCGAUGAAGGCUGGUGGCAAAGCCUCUCUCGAUAUCCGACGCAACAAGGACGGCCGCAUUGAAGUACCAAACCUCACACGUGAGAGCGUACAAAGUAUUCAAGAAGUCAUGGAACUUCUGAAGCGCGGAAAUUCGAAUCGGGCAACGGCUUCGACGGAUAUGAACGAGCAUAGUAGUCGUUCUCAUAUGGUCCUAAGUGUUGAUGUUUAUUCUGGCCUCGAGGAUUCCCAGAAAAACAAGGGUACUUUGUACCUAGUUGAUCUUGCCGGUUCGGAACGUGUGCGUAAGAGUAACGUUCAGGGCGAUCAAUUGAAGGAGGCCGGUUACAUUAACAAGAGUCUGUCUGCACUGGGUAAUGUGAUGGAGGCUCUCGAUCGCAAGGCAUCCCAUGUGCCCUACCGUGAUAGUAAGCUCACAUACCUUCUCCAGGAUUCACUUGGUGGGAACUCGCGGACAAUGAUGGUCGUUGCAAUUUGUCCGACGGACAGCUCGUACGACGAGUCAGUACACGCUCUUCAGUUCGCAACGCGCGUCAGACGUAUCCAAAUCGGGGCCGCUCAGCGCAAUGUGACGUCGAAAAAUCUGGAA